ACUGUUUAUUAGAGGUGUAGAUUUUGAAAACAUAAUAUUAUAAAAUAAGGGCUAUUUAAAGAGAUCGAGAUUGCUUGGUUAUCUUUCUGAAGUUUGAAUUCAAAUAUGGGUAAAAGUUUAACAGAAAAGGACUUUGACCAAGUUGAAUCCUGGAUCGGAACUGGACCCAAAGCAUUCAAUCUGCUGUACAGCAUAGCAAGGGAUGGCUGUGACGCGAAGGUGUUUCAUCAGAAAUGUGACAACCAAGGACCAACACUAACAGUCUUGUACAACAAGGAGGGUUCCGUGUAUGGAGGGUACACAAGUGUCAGUUGGUUCACACCGACAACCACAUCGAAUCAAACUGACAAUUCUGCAUUUUUAUACCAAUUGUAUUAUUCUGGCCUGAACACGCCUAAGAAAUAUUCAGUUAAAAACGGACACACAGCCAUUUGUUCAGUGUCAAACUGUGGUCCUGUAUUUGGAAGUAGUUCCGUGUAUGACCUACACACAUUUUGUGGCACCAUAGAAAAGUCUUCUUCGGGAGAAUACAAUCUAAAUGGUGACAUGCACUUCGGUAAAAAUUACGACAUCGCGGGAAUAUCAUCCAAGGAAGUCAACAACGAACACCUAAGAGUGAUGGAAAUGGAGGUUUAUACCGCCAAAGAUGGCCAAAGAAAAAAGCCGACCUUACCGACUCAAUGGCGGAAAACUGCAGAAUUUGGACCCACGAUGCUGGAUAGCUUAAAAGAUGAAGUGAAAGGCAUUCAUUCCCCAGAAGGUCUCGAUACUCCACAUUUCAACAUUCUAUUGAUAGGGCCUUUAGGCUCGGGUAAAUCGAGCUUCUGCAAUUUGGUGUCGUCUGUGUUUCGCGGACGAAUAUCACACCGGGCAAGAGUAGGUGGAAACUCGCAAUCUAGUACAACAACUCUGUUGACGCCAUACACGUUCGGGGAUAAAGCCAGCCUUCAGCUCUACGACACGAGAGGAGUAGCGGAGACGGACACAUUGGACCUUCUGCAAUGCAAUUUCAUACUUGACGGUAACGUUCCGGAUUUUUAUGAGAUGUCACCAAGCCAUCUCUUAAAAAGUAACGACGCCGAGUUUCGGUAUACACCCGCUUUGAAAAAUGAGACCCACUGCGCUGUGUUUGUUCUAGAUGGAUCCACUGUUGGUGCUAUGCCCAAACCAAUGCUGCAGAAACUUUUGUCUUACAGGGAUCUGUUGAACAGAAAAGAGAUACCACAAGUAGUAUUGGUUACAAAAAUCGACCAACUCUGCGAACAGUCUGCUGAAAAUAUGAGUAACGUUUUUCUCAGCCCAACCAUCAAAGAAGUAGUCGAAAAGGUUGCAGACCUUCUGAAACUUCCACGGAACAGUAUUUGGCCAGUUAAAAAUUAUGAAGAGGAAGUGGAAAACGACGAGAGUAUCAACAUCCUUGCUUUGCUAGCUCUCCGACAGAUCCUGUUCUUUGCAGAGGAUUAUUUGGAAAACAUGAAAGUGAUGAAAAGUAGGGGAGUUAGAGGAAGCGUAGACAGCAGCCAGGUUGAAGGUGAAGUGCGCGGUUCAGACACUGCCUGAUUUGUUUUAUAUAUUAA